UUUGCUGACGCACACGGUCGCGUCGUCUGUGAUUCAAAAUAAUAAUAUUCUGUGCUUAGAAUUAAUGCACAAUAAUUACACUUUACUAUGACUUUUAUAUAGUGUGUGUUUUUCUAAUGAUAUACGUGAAGUGUAAAGGGACUGAAACAAAGCCGGCUCUAUCUUUAUUUCUUGUUUAUUUUCUGACAAAAUCUGCAAUAUGAGGGACCCUUCACCAAAGCUGGUAAUAGACAACGAUGCGGGUGGAGACGAUGCAAUGGCGAUUUUCCUCGCCUUGUUGUAUGAGAAGCAUUACAAUGGUCCAAAACUGAUCGGUCUGACGACCGUUAAUGGAAAUACGAAUGAGGAUAAUGUGUGCCUCAACAAUCAGAGAGUGCUAAAGAUCAUCAAGAGGCAAGAUGUUCCCAUAUACCGUGGUUCAAAGUCAUCGCUAGUCAGGACUCCGGACGCUGGUCACUACUACGGCAAGGACGGUCUGGGAGACUCGGGGAAAUACCUCGACGGUCUGAAGCCCGCUCACACCAAAAAUGCCGUAGAGGCCCUUAUUGAUCUAUCUAAAGAACAUAAAGAUCAACUAACGGUAGUGACUUUGGGUGCGCUGACUAAUGUGGCACUGGCGAUAAAACUGGAUCCAGAUUUUCUCAGUCGAAUAGCACAUCUGUACGUUGGUGCUGGGCAUAUCCAUAAUGAUUCCUGGCCGAAAGCGGAAUUCAAUGCUCAUAUGGAUGUGGAAGCGUACCACGUGGUAGCAGCGCACGCGACUCCUGACCGCGUCACCUUCCUACCCUUCUCACAGGUGCAGCAGCAUUGCAACUUUACCGUGGAGUGGAGGAAAGACGUGUUAGGAGCUAUCCCAACCGACAUCAUGCGGGCCCAAAACCUGUUUGAGCAGGUGUCGCUGGCCUCGCAGGAGAGCUGGCAAGCGCUGGACCCAGCGGCAGUGGCUGCGGCUAUCAACCCCAGCUUGGUGGAUGAGUUCAAGUUCUCCAGACACGAUAUUGUUACUUGUGGUGAAAAGAGAGGCAUCACUACAAAUGAGUUUCUGGAGAAAGAAAACGCUAACGCGCGGAUAGUGUACUCCUACAAGACGGAGAAAUACAAACAAUUUCUGCUAGACAUAUUUAAGUUGGAGUAAAAUCUUAAGUUCAUUUUUGUUACUUAAAGAUUACUUAUCUAAGCGCAUGAGAUGAGUUAAAUAUAACAAGGAAGCAAAUCGUAAUGACGCGUAUUAAAAUAUUGUUUCUAUUUUGUA